GGAAAGAAUGACCCUUUGCCCUGAACCACCUGGAAGAGGGUUCUAUGGAACCAGGACACCCUGAGCCUGGGCGUUGGCUGCAAGAGCCCUGUGAAAGCCCCGAGGAGGCGUGUGAGGAGGCGUGUCAAGACUUCCCUGCCCACGUCCCAGCCGUUUAGAGGGCUCAGGACCAAACAGCUGCCCAACAAGCUGAUUGGAGGGAAGGGGGACCGUGUAGGGGCGGAGCUCAGAUACACGAGCAGAAUCCGGCUUCUCUUCAGAAGGAUUCCACCGCCUUUUUGCGGCUGGCAUCGGGUCUAGACCCGCGCGGCCAGCGGGAACGCAGGGUGUAGGGGCACAGAGGUCAGGAAGUGCAGGGACGUGGCACCUCCCCAGGGUCUCCCAUUCGCAGAUUUAUCCCCUCAGAGGAAGGUAGUCGUCGGAGAAGUCGAAGUGUCUUCCUGGAACUGGGCACGGGACAGAUUGGACGCCCUCGAGAGGAACGAGGUUAGAGUUUCCUCUGGAUAUAUGCCCAGAAAUGGGAUUACUGGAUCAUAUGUUUCUUCCAGGUAUGGAUCAGUUGGGGCAGAUCAUCUCCUUAGGCCAGCUUAUCUACAAACAGACUGAAGAGAUGAAAUACUGCCAGAAACAGUGCCAGCGUCUAGGGAACCGUGUCCACGGCCUCCUGCAGCCUCUGCAGAUGCUCCAGGCCCAAGGAGAGAGGAACCUGUCCCCCCAGAUAACCAUUGCCCUGAGCCAUUUUCAGGCUGCCCUAGAGGAAGCUAAGGAACUAAUAGAUAAAUUCAGCAAUAAAUCCAAUAUCCAGAAGUUUCUAACUGCAGGGCAGAACAGAAUACUCUUUAGUGGAGUGAACAAGAGUCUGAGAGAUGCCUGGGAGGAGCUCUCACUGCUGCUUCAGGUGCAUCAAUGGAGGCAUACUUCAAGCAUCAGCCCAGGAGCAGCCUGGCAACAGGAGGAUCAGCAGGAUGCAGAGGAAGACAGGCAAGCUAUCGAAAGACUGAGAAGUGGAAAUGAAAUUAUAGAAACUUUGAGGCAACUGGAAAACACCAUGAAGGAAACCACUGAAACCGUGAGGAGCUGGAUGAGGUCAGACUCACAGAAACCCAAGAAUAUCCUGGAAGAUCAAAUCAAGGAGAUCAAGAAGGAGGAGCUUCCAGAAGCUGACUGGAUCCUGCGAAGGGAAAAUGAAUUCAGCACACUUUAUGAAGGGAAAUACCACAAAUCUCCAGUGGCCAUAAAAGUCUUCAAACCCCGAGACAUUGGAAUAGUGAGGCAUACUUUCAAUAAUGAAAUCAGAACCAUGAAGAAAUUUGAUUCCCCCAACAUCCUGCGUAUGUUUGGGAUCUGCAUCGAUGAAACAGUGACCCCAUCUCAGUUAUCCAUUGUCAUGGAGUACUGUGAGCGCGGGACCUUGAGGGAACUGCUGGAUAAGGAAAAGGACCUCACCCUCGCCAUGCGCAUCAUCCUGGUCCUGGGGGCAGCCAGAGGCUUGUACAGGCUGCACCAUUCAGAAACGCCUGCAGAACUCCACAGAAACAUCAGCAGCACGAGCUUCCUGGUGACUAAAGAUUACAAAGUUAAGCUUGCAGGAUUUGAGUUGAGCAAAACACAGACUUCCAUCAGCCGACAAACUAAAGGAAAAGAAGCAGAGAGGGUCAGUUCCGCCGCAUACGUCUCACCUCAGAGACUAAAAAAUGUGUAUGAUAAAUAUGACAUAAAGGCUGAAAUAUACAGCUUUGGAAUCGUCCUCUGGGAAAUCACCACUGGGAAGAUCCCAUUUGAAGGCUGUGAUUCCAAGAAGAUCUACCAGCUAGUGGCUGUGAAGCGGUACCAGGAACCACUGGGUGAAGAUUGUCCAUUUCAGUUGCUGGAGAUCAUUGAUGAUUGCCGGGCAUAUGACCCCUCCAGGAGACCCUUUGUUAAAGAAAUCUUAGAGAGACUGUCUACCUUUUGUUAAACUGUGUGCUGAAACUGAAACUGAGUCCCUGAACAAGGAGCUGGAAUAGGCACAAGCCGGGCAUCUUUCUCUCUCAUAUCCUUCAGCACGGAGUUAUUCAUGGGUGCAGGGAGGCAACACUUCUCUGUUACAGAUAGAAAACAAAUCCAGUAAUACGGACCACACCCCACCCUGAGUGAUAUUGUCAAACACACACCUCUGAUAGUAACUUUGAUGUUUUGCAAAAAUGUAUCUCUCUGGAUCUGCACCUCUUGGCAAUGUGACUUAGCAGCUCCUCCCAUUAAGAAGUGCAGUCUAGGUCCCCACUACAUGAAUCUGGGCUAGUAUUGUAACUGGCCUUGGCCAAUAGAACGUAGAAAUGAUGAUGUGCUGGUUCCAAGCUUCGGCUUCAGGAGCCCUUACAAACUUCCACUCUUAUCUCUUGGAACCCUACCCAGCCAUGAACAUGCUGGGCAAGGGUGCAGGAAGAUGAGAGACCACAUGGAGCAGAGACAACCUGUCCCAUCUGAGGUCAUACUAGACUAGCCAACCUGGCAGCUGUCACAUGAGUGAGUCCAGUCAAGACAGAAGAACCACAUAAUUAAAACACAGAAGAAUUAGCCCAAACUACCCAUUCACAAAAUCAUAAGCUAAGUAAAUUAUUGUUGUUUUCAGCUACUAAGUUCAGGGGUGAUUGAUCACACAAUGUUAGUAGCUGAGGAAACACUCUUCAAUCCUUCCUCUUGCUCAUUGAACUAAGUACAGACCCCUCAUUUAGAUACCCAAGGCCUUGUACCUCUGACCCCAACCUGACUUGCAGUAUCGGAUCCCUGACUUCUCCUGCCAGAGAUUGCAAACUCUAAUGCCUGUUGGGUCCAGGAGGGAACCUAAAUGAGUGAGUUGAGCCUGGCAGAGACUUUGAGGAACAGAUGAGCUUUGCGAAGAAGGGCAGCUUUCACUCAGCUCCAAGCCUAUUUUUAUCAUGUAGAAAUGGGACCCCAAAGUUUCCAGAGCUUUCCAUGUUGUCAAAAGAAGCUGGACAUUUAUAUUUUUCUGUAAAUUGCCUGUCUUUUUCGAGAUUAACAUCUAAUUAAAAAUUAUUUUAAUGCCAUAUAGGACAAAUAAUAUGUUAGCCUAGGCACUCCCAGGUUUUAAGAAACCUGUGUCUCCUGAAUGUGGCCCAUUUGUUCCGAAUUUUUACACAUUUGCUCUUGGUGUAUGCUUUACCUAGGAUACACAAACACUUCUAUGUGUUACUGCUUCCCACCCCCCCCCAGACUCAUCGCAAAUCAUUCAGCAGUAAACGUGCUGGGCUUUGUUCCAAUCACCAAGGAGGCAACAAUAAACAAAAUACAUUUGGAGCUUAUAGCCUAGUAAUCAUCACUGGGGAAUAAAAUUAUGGCUGAUUUCUAUCCUUUUUAUCUUUUAUUUAUUCUUGAUUUCUUUUCUUUUUUUAUACCUAGAAGAUUUUUAAGUACAAAAAAAGAGUGUAAAAGUAUAAACAUGGACAAAUUGAACAUUUAAAAUGAUUCCUUUCUAGAGUUUAUCAUCAGGAACUACUAUUUUCAUCUUUAAAAUCUUUUGUUCUCUUUGCUGUAGGAGCUACAACAAAAUGCUCCCUUGUAGAUUCCUUACACACAUUCUGACAGACCCACAGGCAGAGGUGGAUUCACUGUGAAACUAACAAAGCUUAAUCGUCAGGGCCCCUCACUUGCACAAGAUAUCUUUCAAAGCCCUAUACCUAAUUUUUCCCCAACACUUAUCAAUAUAAAAAUUUCCAAAUACACAGAAAAGUCAGUAGAAUUAUAUUCUGAACACCUGUAUACCCACCACCUAAAUUCUACAAUUAACAAUUCACUGUCUCUGUUUUAUUACAUAGUCAUCCAUCCAUCCAUUCCUCUUCCUAUCCAUUGAUCCAUCCUUAUUUUUUAUGCAUUUAAAAGAAAAUUUCAAACAUCAGUACACUUCAUUCCUAAGCACUUCAACAUUUGUAUCAUUAACUGCAGUUCAAUAUUUGUUUAUAGGAUUUGAGGGGGAGGGGCAAGUAAACUUUCCAUGUUGUGAAAUUCACAAAUCCUAAAUAUAUCAUUCAAUGAGUUUGACAGAUAUAUACACAUGAGUAAUCCAAACCCCAUCCAAAUGAUGAAUAUCACCAUCAUGCCAGAAAGUUCUAUUAUGCCCAUAUAAUCAAUCCCUCUGCUCUCUCUUGCCUACAAUUCUGACUUUUAAACAGUAUUUUGGAGGUGUAAUUGUCACACAAUAAACUACACAUAUUUGAACUGUGUGAUUUGAUGUUUUGACAUUUGUAUUCACCACCACAAUCAAGAUAAUGAAUAUAA